AUGAAAUUGGACGCUACAGACUUGCGUUAUGUUACAUCAGAUGAAUUCCGAGUCCUCACGGCUGUAGAAAUGGGGUCCAAGAACCACGAGGUUGUACCAUUAUCUUUGAUUGUGCAAAUAUCAGGUCUAAGGAAUGGAGGAAUCAACAAACUUGUUGGAUCUCUCGCUAAACGCAACUUGGUCUCGAGGGUUCAAAAUGCCAAAUAUGAUGGUUAUCGCCUGACGUAUGGCGGCUACGACUAUCUAGCCAUGAGAGCGUUGUCGAAAAGGGACUCCAUGCAUUCGAUAGGAAAUCAAAUUGGUGUUGGCAAGGAGUCAGAUAUUUAUAUUGUCGCAGAUGCAGACGGCAAUGAAAUGAUUCUCAAGCUUCAUCGACUGGGACGUGUCUCUUUUCGUGCGAUCAAAGAAAAGAGAGAUUAUAUGGGCAAAAGAAAGUCUGCGUCUUGGCUAUACAUGUCACGAUUGGCUGCUCAAAAAGAAUGGGAAUUUAUGAAGAUCCUCCACCAAUACGACUUCCCUGUCCCUCGUCCUAUUGACCAAGCUAGACAUACUAUUCUCAUGGAAUUUAUUGAUGCAUAUCCUCUACGACAGGUAUCAGAUGUCGAAAACCCUGGAAAACUCUAUUCACAGUUGAUGGACAUCAUCGUCCGAUUCGCUCAAGCUGGUCUUAUCCAUGGCGACUACAACGAAUUCAAUAUUUUGAUCAAGCGGGAGACUGGAGAGCCAAUUGUUAUUGAUUUCCCUCAGAUGGUCAGUACAUCUCACGAAAAUGCUGAAUGGUACUUUAACCGGGAUGUCGAAUGCAUUAGAACAUUUUUCAAACGGCGGUUCCGUUACGAAAGUUCACUCUACCCUCGUUUCAGGAAGACUGUCGAAGAAACUGGCUCGGAUAACUUCAGACUUGAUGUUAUGGUGGAGGCGAGUGGAUUUGGGAGAAAAGAAAUGAAGAUUCUUGAAGAUUACAUGGAAUCAGUGAGAGAAGAAGCUAACGACGAAGAGAGCAGUGGAUCUGAAGAAGAAGAGUCCGAAGAAGAAGAGGAAAAUGAAAGCGACAACGCAAGGGAUGAAACCACCAGGACGACCACACUUGACGAGAAACAGCAAAGUCUAAGUACUGAGGCUGUUGAGGCCUCAUCUAUCCCUCUCCAUGACGCAUCAAGCUCAAAAUCACUUUCUGUGUCUGUUGAUCCCAAUACACUCAAAUUUGACGAUCUCGAGAUAUCAGACUUGUCAGACACGAGGUUGUCGCGAUCCCCUCCAGAAUCCAGACGAGACUUGCCUGAGCGACCAGGAUCAGAAGACGAAGACUCUGAAGAGGAAGCCCGGCACCAAGGCGACAUCAAAUCAAUAGUUUCAUCGGAUAUCUCCAAAAAGAGGGCUCAACAACAACGCAAAUACCACUCGAAGAGAUCAGUACGCAGUGCAGGUCGCUCGCAAGGAAGCAAGGCGAAACAGAGCACGAAGGUUAAACUUGGAGACUACGGGGGAUUCUGGGGCUAG